AAAUUUUACUUCGUUACUCUUUCGGAAUCUUCCUCUCUUCUUCUCUUCCCUUGUUCCCACUCAACUCCACCGACUUUCACUGCCCUUAAUCGUCUCAUUAAUUACAAUCCUACCCCUCCAUCUGAUUAUUAUUUGGAGUUCAGAUCCUAAACCUCUCUUCCACAUUUUCUGAACCUUCUGUGUUGCUCUGACCCAUUCGACUCGGGCGAGUCAAGAUGCUGGAAGGGUGUUUCGGGACUGAGCGAAUGCGCCAGAUCCAGAGAGCGAUUCGCCAAGGUAAAAUCACCUUCCUCUGCCUGUUCUUGACUGUCGUCGUCUUACGUGGCACAAUUGGCGCCGGUAAAUUCGGGACUCCCGAGCAAGACUUCAACGAAAUCCGAGAUCACUUCUACGCUCACCGCAAGCGCGUGGAGCCUCAUCGCGUUCUCGAAGAAGUUCAGACGGCCACCUCCACCAAUGGCGACACCUCGAAUGAAGAUUCGAGCAAAAACAGUAACAAUUACGAAGAAUUCGACGUGUCUAAGCUGUUUGUUGACGAAGGAGUGGAAGAGAAACCGGAUCCAAACAAACCGUACUCUUUGGGCCCUAAAAUUUCGGAUUGGGACCAGCAGAGAGCUGAGUGGCUGAAGAAUAAUCCGAAUUUCCCGAACUUUCUCGGGCCAAACAAGCCUCGUGUCUUGCUUGUGACUGGUUCAGCUCCUAAACCGUGUGAGAAUCCGGUGGGCGAUCAUUACUUACUGAAAUCGAUAAAAAAUAAGAUCGAUUACUGUAGAUUACACGGGAUCGAGAUAUUUUACAACAUGGCGCUUCUUGAUGCUGAGAUGGCGGGUUUCUGGGCGAAGCUUCCAUUGAUUAGAAAGCUGUUGCUGUCUCAUCCAGAGAUUGAGUUCUUAUGGUGGAUGGAUAGUGAUGCCAUGUUCACUGACAUGGCAUUUGAAAUUCCUUGGGAGAGAUAUAAGGAUCGUAAUCUUGUAAUGCAUGGAUGGAACGAGAUGGUUUAUGAUGAAAAGAACUGGAUUGGUUUGAAUACGGGUAGUUUUUUGUUGAGAAAUGGUCAAUGGGCUUUGGAUCUUCUUGAUGCGUGGGCUCCAAUGGGACCUAAAGGGAAGAUCAGAGAUGAAGCUGGGAAGAUACUCACUAGAGAGCUUAAAGGUAGACCUGUUUUCGAAGCUGACGACCAGUCAGCUAUGGUGUAUUUGCUUAUUACAGAGAGAGAUAAAUGGGGUGAAAAGGUUUAUUUAGAGAACCAUUACUAUCUGCACGGCUAUUGGGGCAUUUUGGUUGAUCGUUAUGAGGAGAUGAUUGAGAAUUACCAUCCGGGUCUCGGAGAUCAUAGAUGGCCGCUCGUUACUCACUUCGUGGGAUGCAAACCCUGUGGCAAGUUCGGGGAUUAUUCAGUGGAGAGGUGCUUGAGACAGAUGGAUCGAGCUUUCAAUUUUGGAGAUAAUCAGAUCUUGAACAUGUAUGGUUUCACUCACAGAUCGCUUGCCAGCAGGGGAGUGAAGAGGGUAAGGAAUGAGACUAGCACACCUCUUGAAGUGAAAGAUGAGCUUGGAUUGCUUCACCCUGCGUUUAAAGCUGUUAAGGUAUCAGCAUCUUUGUAGUUGAUGUUGCUGUUGUUUUUGUUCUUUGUUAAGUUAUAUCAUGAUAAUGAUACAUGUCAAUUUGUACGUGAUUGAAUUUAAAUUACAUUGAUUUUUGAAUCAAAAAGUAGCAUUGGCGUUGUUGUUAUA